UUUUAUCUCGAUUAUAGCGAAAAAGAUAAUUCGAAUUAGUUAGUUUUAAUUUACCAUCGAAUUAGUCGUAUUAUUUAAUUCGAAUUUUCCCAACACUAGAAAAUAUAACCUUAUCUCAACAGUGGGUAUUGUGAGUGUAAGUGGGUAACUGACAACUCAGUAACGUGUCAGUAACUGUAAACAAAAAAAGUAAAGAUCGUGUUCUUUCGGUGUUCUUUCACUCAUUAAACAAAUGAAUAAACUGAAAACUGAAGUGAACUAAAAACUCGCUUUCACUAAAAUCACAUCACUUCCCGAUUGCAAUCAGAACAAAAGAAUACUUCUAUAAUUGGACGAUUUGCAGUUUUUUCGAUAACUACCUAGUUAUUUCUGUUAAAUAUGACUGAUGAUAAUCAAAAAACUCUUGCUGAAUUUAUUAAAAAUACACACAGAAAGUUGCGAGAUGAGGCCAAAAUUUUAGGUACAGAACAAGCUUGGAAAAAUCAUUGUGAAAAUAAGCAACACCUAAACAAAUAUGCAGUUGCAAUGAAGAGUUUAGCAGAAAAUUUUUGGGAUCAUAACUGUUCUACAGGCAGCAAAGCUAUUUCAAGAAUUAUAUGGACAUAUGAACAUAUUAAGAAGUAUUUUUCCUGUAUAGAAAAGUGUAGAGAAAAGGAAUUAUGUAUUCUUAAACGUCUAAAACUUGCAGAAAUGUCUUUGGAUAAGAGAAAAUUGGACAUAAAAAGUAAAUUCAAAUUAUUAGAUGUAGGGAGCUGUUACAAUCCUUUUAAGAAAUUUGAAAUAUUUGAUGUUACUGCUCUUGACAUAGCUCCUGCCAGUGAAGAUGUUUUAAUGUGUGAUUUUAUACAUACUGAGAUAUCAGACCGAUCAGUUAUAAAAAGCAAUGUGAUAUUGCAGUUAGAAAAAGAGUCAUUUGACAUUGUGGUUUUCAGUUUAUUACUUGAAUAUAUUCCAUGCCCAGACUUACGGUUAAAAUGUUGUACAAAGGCAUACGAGUUGUUGAAAUUUGAAGGAAUUUUAAUUAUAAUAACACCAGAUUCCAAUCAUAUUGGCUCCAAUGCAAAAAUUAUAAAAUCUUGGAAAUAUGUUCUAUCGCAGUAUGGAUUUAGCAGAGUUUAUUAUGACAAAUUGCCUCAUAUGCAUUGCAUGGUAUUUCGAAAAACGAUGCUCAUAGAAAUUGCCAGAAGAUGGGCUGUGCUUAAUAAAAGAAUUCAUGAUAUAUAUGACAAACUUUAUAUACCACAAGACUUUGUUAAGUUUGCAACUAAAAAAACAGAACUACCCUUAAAUGUCAUAUCUCACUGGUCACAGGACACUUUUUUAACUGAUAUUUGUUUAGAAGACAGUGAUAUUUAGAUAAAGAAGUUUUUAUAUCAA